CAAAAUUCCAAAUGUCCUCUCAACCCUCCUCUCCAAGCAUCCCCAAAACCGACUCAAUCCUCUCCGACCAGAGCCUCCAAGCCUACUACCACUCCCUCCAACAAAACGCUCAAAAAUCCCCCCAAAUCCCAAAAUUCCACCCCUCUAACCCUCCAUCCCCCUCUUCCCCCUCCAUCCCCUCCCUCUGGACCCCCCUAGUCCCUUCCCCCACCCAAAACCCACCAACCAGCCCAUCCCCACAAGAACCUACAGCAGACAUGGCACCUACACUACAACAGAAAGGUAGAGAUAGUGACUUAUAGGAACUGUAGACCUGAAGAGACAGGUUAGAGAGCAGGCCAGCCUGGUUGAGAAAAAAUUAAAACGAAGAUUUAAUUUUCAGAAAAUAUAACUCUACUUAAAAACAUUGAAGCUGAGGUCUGCAAAAGAGUAGAGAUACAGAAAGCAGCAUUCAAGAUUGAGUAUGAUAGCCAGAUUUACAAUCUCAAACAACAGUUUUAUGAGAACCAGAUGGAAAUUAUCGAUAAGAAUAACCUCAUUAAAUAAACUCUACGAACUCCUUAGUGCUCAAGAAGCUCAUAUUAUCUCUCAACGAGCUACUAGUGAAGAGAAAUCACUCAGUUUUCUAGAGAAACUAUCAAACCAAGUCACCAUGGAGCAUCACAAAUAAAGCCAAGUCCCAUCAGGCAGAGGAAACGUUACUCAAAAUGGAAAAAGAACUAACCGAAUCGAUCACAAAACAGGACUAUUUCGCCCUUGAAAGAAAUUACAAUCAUCUAAAAUAAGCAAUGCGAAGGUGCAAUCACAGAUUAUGGGAACCAAGUCCAGUUAGUUAAAUAAACUUCAACAAGAAAUCUCUGACUUGAAAGCUUCUCACAAGAUCGAGAUCGACCGCCUCCUCGUCAAUUUCGAGCAAGAGAAGAAGAAUUUACUCGAUCAGAACCAAAUUGAGAAAUCUUCACAGCUAAAAUACCAGAAGAAUCUGAAAACAGAGCUUAAAAUCCAAGAAGAGCUAGCACAAAGGUUUAAUAAAUAUGCUGAAACAAUGAAAAAGGAGAUUGUUUUGUGCAAAUAACGUCAUAAAGCACCCAAAGAUGAUGCAGACUGCCUUCAGACAAGCUAAUUUCAACCAAUUCGAGCUGUAUAAAUAUCCCAAUGUUCCAUCUACUAAUAAGGUCAGGAAAGUCACCACCUCGAAUGUAAAGAUAAGGGAGAAGAGCAAGAAGAAGUUCUUCACUAAACAUAAUUGCAGACCAAACUCAAGUAUGGAGAGAUCUAUCCGUACAUCAGUGCCUUCUUGCACUUCUCAAAGGUUGACCGUCUACAAGUCUUGCACCCCGAGCAAUCUAAGGCAAUGAAGUGUUAAGAAGUUCAAAAAGAAGAGGUUGCAUAACCUCAGCGCCAGCACCCAGUCAUUUUUUCAAUAA